UGAAGUCAAAGAAAUAUUGUAUAUAAGGAAGGAAACACAGAGACGCACAUAAAGAAAUGAGGAAGCAGUGAUUGCACAAAACUCACAAUCCUGUUCACACUGCACACAACAUCCAGACCCUGAUUUCAAGAUGAAGUUUGUGCUGCUGUUGGCAAUGUUGACAGCAUGUGCUGCAGCUCCCCAAGAUCUGUCAGGUAAAAUGUUUACCUUCCCACAACAAACCGCCACCUCUCACGUGAGGCUGACAGCAUCAAAACAGAAUUUUGGUGCUGCAACCGUCUGUCACCGGUCCUUUACCGACCUGAAGAGGGACCACGCCCUUUUCUCCUUGUCCACAACCAGUAGUGCCAAUGACUUCCUGAUUUUCUGGGACGAAGCAAAUAAAGAGAUGGAACCCCACAUCAAGAAUGUAAAGACAGAAUAUAAAGGUUGGGACUACAAGGGGAACAUGUGGCACUCUAUUUGUACAACAUGGGAAUCUGAGUCCGGACUGGUGCAGAUGUGGUUUGAUGGACAACCUACAAUUCGGAAAUUUGUCAGUACUGGAUCAACCAUCGCUGGAUCCACUAUAAUUAUCUUAGGACAGGAGCAGGAUUCCCAUGGUACGGGCUUUGACAUGAAACAGAGUUUCAUUGGCAUGAUGUCUGAUGUCCACAUGUGGGACCACACCCUUUCCCCCUGUGAGAUCCAGAAGUACGUCGAUGGACUAAACUUCACUCCAGGGAAUGUGCUCAACUGGAGUUCGCUGGACUUCCAGAUCACCGGCAGAGUGCUGAUAGAAGAUAAACAAAAGAUCUGUUACUAAACUUUAAAACAAAACUACAAUAGGCUGAGUUGCGCAAAUCAAGUGGGUUUGAAAUAUGUUUCAAUAAAGUCCUGUUUUACAUGUUC